CUUGAUGUUCUGGAUUUCAAUGAAACAACCCUCUUUCUCUUCACAUCUCAGGAAGCAUUUGAUAUUCCAAGCAUAAAUCAGUGCAUUUAAGUCGAAUCUAUUGCGUAGUGCUUCUGCCACACACCGAGAUGUUUGUGCUCAGGAACGUUGGUAACUUCAUUUUUGGAGGGGACGCUUCCAAGCAAACUCUCAUAGAAUUACCUCAAGGCCAGCUCUAUCUCGUACGACCUCUCUCUCCGAAGGGCUACUCCGAGUUGAUCUUCAAAGAUUGCGCAGCAAGAAUCCGUCGGACAAACCAGGACUUCCAGUACCAACUGGUUAUUCAACGAGCAUACGAGGAAGGCGAAGAAGACCUGUUGGACGACGAAGAAGGAGAGGACGCCGAUAUUGCUGCCUUAGCUGGGGAUCGAGACGAGAAGACAUUCCUGCUCGACGAAAGCCUGCAUUUUAGAACAGAAUUUCGAGAAGCUACCGGAGAGAAGGUUCUAGCUUGGAGAGAUCUAAGUGGAGACACUGGAGACCUCUACGAAUUCGUCUGCGACGAUUCGAUCGAUGUAGGACAAGUUCAAACCUUCGAAAUUACCGCUGUUCAUUGUCAAUACGAGCGAAAGCACAGAAAGAACCAUCAGACCGCUACUGAGCAAGAUCUUGCAGAGUUUGCUUUCGAGAGAGAAGAUCCGAUACCAAGAGCAAGUCCAACACACAGCCCAACAGCGCUCUCUCCUGUUGCAACUAUGCCUGCAACCAGGUCGACUGCCAACUCUGCUUUGAAGCGACAAGACACGCCAACAAAGUCUUCAAAGAAGACUCCUGUUCGUGAAGAAGGACCUACGGAAGCACCUCCAGUAGCUGACCACCCAGAAUCACGUUCCGUUCUUACGGAGGAAAGGGCCGAACUACACUUGUUCGACUUUCAAUCGGGUGCGUUCAUUCUUCAAGAUCCCAGCGUCAAGGCUACCGUUUACGAGGUUGGGAACUGGCAAUACUAUCUUCAGAUCUCGAGCGACAAAAGAGACUGGCUUGGUCAAGAGGUUAUUGCAGACAUUAAUCCUGUAUUUAACUUCGAGUAUCUAUCCUUCAUCUUCAACGCGUACGCACCAACGGGUGAUGCAUAUUCCUGGCUGCUUCGAUUCAAGGACCAGGAGACGGAAACUCGAUUCCAGGAGGGUCUCAUGCAAGCCUUAUGGGAGCAGCUCAACGAGCAGAAGUGGCUCAAGAACAAGGCAGAUGAGCGAGACUAUGUCCUUGAGGCUUUCCAGGAUUUAACAAUGGAAGAUGCUCCUGGAGCAGAAGAAGAGGAGGAAGAAUAUGAGGUAGAGGAACCAGAAGAUGAUGGACAAAAGAGCGAACACUAUGACAGCGAUGAGGAAGAGGAUGAUGUUGUCACACGGGACGAUGAUGGCAAUGUCAACUCCCAAUUAGCUGUUGGCUAUAAGCACGAUCGGUCGUUUGUUGUUCGAGGCUCGAAGAUUGGUGUGUUCAAGCAUACGCCUAACAACAACCUUGAAUUCUCUACCAAUAUCUCGAAAGUCGAAACUCCAAGUGGAAAGCUGUUCAGUCCUAAAAAGGUUAUGCUCCAUGCAGAGGAUACCAACAUGAUUUUGCAGAACGAGGCAAAUCCUAACUCGUUGUAUCGCAUGGACUUGGAGUAUGGCAAAAUCGUUGAUGAAUGGAAAGUUCACGAUGAUAUACCAGUCAAUACCUUCGCACCUGAGAGCAAAUUCGCUCAGAUGACUGGCGAACAGACCUUCCUUGGUCUAUCAAGAAAUGCUCUCUACAGAAUUGAUCCUCGACUGGCUGGGAAUAAGCUUGUGGAUUCGGAGCUCAAGCAAUAUAUCUCGAAGAAUGACUUCUCAGCUGCGGCCACAACCGACAAAGGCUAUAUCGCGGUCGCCAGCAACAAAGGUGACAUUCGCAUGUUCGACAGACUCGGUAUCAACGCCAAGACGCACAUUCCAGCUCUUGGUGACCCAAUCAUUGGUCUUGAUGUCAGCGCUGAUGGCCGUUGGGUUCUUGCUACGUGCAGAACCUACCUACUUCUCAUUGACGCAAUGCAGAAGGAAGGCAAAAACGAGGGCAAGCUUGGUUUCGAGAAAUCAUUCGGGAAGGAUUCCAAGCCUCAGCCCCGUCGUCUUGGUCUGACACCCUCUCACGUUGCACAAUUCCAACACGAGACUGGCAUCCCUCUUUCGUUUACACCUGCCCGUUUCAACACAGGCGAAGGCCUUACUGAGACCUCGAUCAUCACUGCCACCGGUCCAUUCAUCGUCACCUGGAACUUGAAGAAGGUUUUGAGAGGCAACAAAGAUCCAUAUACCAUCAAGCGAUACGCCGAGGAAGUUAAGGCCGACAAUUUCAAGUAUGGCAGCGAUAAGAAUGUCAUCGUUGCGCUGCCAAAUGAAGUCAACAUGGUCGCGAAGCAAUCUUUCAAGAAGCCGACACGAGAGAGUAUUGCAACACCAGCCAGAAUUGGUGGUGGAAGCUUCGGUGGGAGAAAAAGUGAAGCAGGACGUAUUGGCAAUCGGGACAGUGCCAGAUACAAGCUUGGCAAAGAUGAUGUGGUUAACUCUCCUUACUGAUCCGGCUUUUUAUCCUUUUACGACUUUACGAUGGAGGCGUUUUGGGUUUAGUUAAUGCUUGCUGGGCGCGGGUAGAACGUUGACAGAAUUUGUCGCCGUAGUGGGAUGGGUAAAGGUUUCUUUGGCGGGCGACGGUGAAGAAGCGACAUUCAGUGCGCUGAGCAUGUCAGCUUUUAUUUGCACUUCAUGUACUUAGCAGAAUACCAAUACCCCUUGACUUUUUAGAACUAUGUGGAAGCACCAUACCUUCCUCCACACUUGAAG